AUGAGGAACCCGAGGUGGCCGAACCAGAGUUAUCGCGCCAUCCAUCCCUUCAACGCUCCAUCUCUUUAUCGCCCCAUCGUUCAGGAGGAGGCAGGGGAGGAGGGCGGCGAGGAGGGGGAGGGCGUGCGCGACUUGUUCGAGGAGGAGGCCGGGGAGGAAGGCGGCGAGGAGGGGGAGGGCGAGCGCGACCUGAUCGAGAUUCGCGAUGACGACGGCGCGGGAGGGGGAAAGAAAUCAGACAAGCCGCGCAAGACGACGAGAUACAUGACGAAAUACGAGCGCGCCAGAGUGCUGGGUGCGCGAGCUCUCCAGAUCAGCAUGAACGCGCCUGUGAUGGUGGAGCUGCAUGGAGAGACCGACCCUCUUGAGAUUGCCAUGCGUGAGCUACGUGAGAAGAAGAUUCCUUUCACCAUUCGCAGAUACCUGCCUGACGGAAGCUAUGAGGACUGGGGUGUAGACGAGCUGAUCAUAGAAGACACGUGGCGGAGACAAGUGGGAGGUGGUAACUGA